AUGGCGAGUUCUUAUUUGGAAGGCUGCAAUUUCUUAACUGCGGCGGUUUCUACUCCUGCUAAUAGUUUAGCACAUUCGAUGUUGUUACUAUGGGGUCCUGAAGCACAAGGAGAUUUUACUCGUUGGUGUCAAUUGGGGGGUCUGUGGACUUUUGUUGCUCUCCAUGGAGCUUUUGGCCUAAUAGGUUUCAUGUUACGUCAACUCGAGCUUGCUCGAUCUGUUCAAUUGAGACCUUAUAAUGCACUCGCAUUCUCUGGUCCAAUUGUUGUUUUUGUUUCUGUAUUUCUGAUUUAUCCACUAGGUCAGUCUGGUUAG